GCCGCGAAGAAGUGUUUGCGUCUGCUCCACCAGCAUCAGCGGUGUUUGUAAAAGCGCUUUGUGCAUCGCUAAUCCGCUCUGAUGUCACGGUGCGGAAGGAGGGGCUGAGCUCUCCUGCUUUAAUCCGAGCAAGUUGUCUGGAGGGACAAGCCGAGCCGAGCCGAGUCGAGCGAGCGGCCACGGGAACAGGGGCGAUGUGUACUGCAGCAGCCGGACUCGGGCCUCACGUCCUCUGACAUGCAGACCGUGCUAUGAGUGGGGUUUUCUUGGAGACAAGAGGAGCAUGUUCUGAAAAUUGGAGUCCGAUCACGCCCCAGCCAUGAGCCACAAGUAUCAGGGAGAAGCAUCCGGGGACGCAGGCGAGGGGCACAAUGUGCUUCCGAGGAGCAGGCAGCUGAACGGGACGACACCCGGGGAACCCCCUUUACGUCGGUCCUGGAGGCCAUGCCAGAUGCUCAACCAGGAUGGGGAGCUAAAUCCCCAUCAUCAUCACCCUCAUCAUCAUCACCCUCCUCAACACCACCACGCGCCCACGGGUCGUGGACCCCCUCGGCAUCGCCGGCGGCCUCCAUCAGGGCAGGGGCAGGGCGAAAGCCAGGCUCAGAUUCCUGGUCUGGCCCCGGCGGUGGUACCUUCACGGUUGGAUGGGGCAGAGAGUCGAGACACUGAGCUUCGUCCUGUCCAGCAACCCCGCCCUGCUGUUGCCCGUUACCGCCGUCAUGGUGACCCGAACCCCAGGCUCAGAGGUCACAGACAGAGGCAACCAAUGAGAAUGAUGCAGGACUCUUCACCUGGUGCAGAUGAAAGAGAGGGUCCAGCAGAGGCGCUGGUACAGCAACGCUCAUCAGAUGAUCCUGUAACGGACCAGUCGCAGGACAGGGGUUCUCCGCACCAGACUCCCGUUGCUGUUGUCACCCCAACCCACCUCUCACCUCGUCCUGCAACCUAUAACAUGCAACUUCACCCCCAACACACUCCCCCUGCUGAGGCAGAAGAGGACCUCCAGGAGCGUAAAGUGGAAUGUCAAGAGGAAUCGGAGGAAGUUAAGGAGAAGGAAGAACAAGGACUGGCGGAGGAUGAUGGAGAUCAUCGCACAACCACAGGUCACACCAGCUGCAGCCACGAUGACAUGCAGGCAGUCGAUGACAGAGCAGAGGGAUGUGCAGAGAGGGUUGAGGAGGAUCAGGAAGAAGUGAUGGACGAUGUAAGGGAGGACAUUGCAGCUCAGGGAAGUGAAAUCACGGAUCUCUGCUCCGACACGGAGAGCGCAGCCUCGCUCAGUAUGGACGGACCUCUCCACAGCCCGCCGCCGCUCCAGUCACCUACUCCUCCUUCGUCCCCUGACGUUCCACCUUUUCCCCAGAUGGACCACUUCAGUGAGGACACCAGUGUGAGCCCACUGCCCGACAACGAUCUGCCACCCGAAGAAGAAGAAGAUGAGGAUUAUUCUGAAUCGUGCUCUGAAUCUUAUCCAAAAACCUAUGCAGACUUUUAUUCAGAGUCCCACCAAAAAUCAUACGCUGAGCCUGUGUACAAGUCGUACUCAGAGCUAAAAUCCCAUCCUAACUCUUUUCCUGAGCCCCUCACGACAUCCUACCCCGAGUUACACAAAGAACCUCGCAGGCAAUCUGGUUGGAGGACUGAGCCUAAUGAGGCCCAGCAGGAGUCCCGCCAAGAGCCCUUCACCAGCCAUAGACAGGAGAAUGUACAAAGAGGGGCUCCACCAUCCCCCACCAAGGGCUCCCAUUAUGCCCCUAGGCAGACCAGAGACCGCGGAUCACAUCACUCCCCUCCGGACCGCUCUGUUGGCUGCCGACUGCACCACUAUGAUGGACAGUCUGACAGUGAGGGGGACAGCGCCGAUCAAAGUCCCAUUCCCAAAAGUCGCCGGCAGGCACCCAGACAAGCAGAAAGCCAGGCUAAAAGCCCCAUGUCCGGGCAGAUCAGCUCAGGUGAGAGCCAGGAGGAGCGAAACACGGUGGGUCUCCAAGGGGAGGAAGGUAUGAGGGGCUCAGGAGACGCCAUCAGCCUGGUGAUUAAAGACAUUAAGGAGGCGAUUGAGGAGGUGAAGACUAAGACAGUACGCUCCCCGUACACCCCUGACCAGCCUGUGGAGCCAAUAUGGGUGAUGAGGCAGGAGGUCAGCCCCACAGAGGAUGUUUACCCACUGCAGACUACAGCUGGCCACUCCUCUCCUCACUCCCCUUCGAAGUCAGUGUCUGAGUCUCUGCCCCGCUACGCCCCCGCUACGCUUCCAGUCCGGGAGCCGGUUAGCCCGCUGAGGGCUGAGUCCGCAAGAGCACUUCCUCAUCCUCAGCAUUAUCACCAACCGCAGCCCCAACACAGCCAUCACCACCGCCAAGGCCACCAUCCACAGCAGAGGGACGCCGCGAGGCCGCCGCAGACAUACACAAAGCCCCAACCGUAUGCGCACAUGCCGCCCAACCAGCAUCAACAACGUCAGCAUCCACAGCAUCAGCAGCUGCCGGCUCCGCAGCCGCGACCACAGGUUCAACCACUGUCGCCUCAACAGCAGCCGUCUGUCCAGGAGAUUCGUAGAUCUCUUCCUCCAUUUCCAACGUUUGUGGACGUCCCGGGACCAUGUGACCCUGAAGACCUUAUUGACGGCAUCAUCUUUGCGGCGACCUACCUGGGCUGCACCCACCUGCUGUCAGAGAGGACGCCCACAAAGAGCGCCCGCAUGCAGCAGGCCCAGGAGGCCAUGAACAGAGUCCGGGCUGCUCAGAAGCAGGCAAAGAACAGGAAAAAGAGCCCCGACGGGGAGGUUCCAUCAACUGCUGAGGUUGAUCUGUUCAUGUCCACGCAGAGGAUCAAAGUCCUCAAUGCAGACACUCAGGAGUCUUUAAUGGACCUGCCACUGAGGACGAUCUCCUACAUAGCUGACAUCGGUAACAUGGUUGUGCUGAUGGCCCGGGGAAAGAUGGUGCGGUCCCGCAGCGCACAGGAAAACCUGGACAGCACAGCUGAGCAAACCACCAUGAGCCACGAUGACCGACGGCUGUACAGGAUGAUCUGCCACGUCUUCGAGUCCGAGGAUGCCCAGCUGAUUGCUCAGUCUAUCGGUCAGUCUUUCAGCGUCGCCUACCAGGAGUUCCUCAGGGCCAACGGCAUCGACCCCGAGGAUCUGAGCCAGAGGGAGUACAGCGACCUGCUCAACACUCAGGACAUGUACAACGACGACCUCAUUCACUUCUCCAAGUCAGAGAACUGCAGAGACGUUUACAUCGAGAAGCAGAAAGGAGAGAUCCUGGGCGUGGUGAUAGUGGAGUCGGGCUGGGGCUCCAUCCUCCCCACCGUCAUCAUCGCUAGCAUGAUGCAUGCUGGUCCGGCUGAGAAGUCUGGGCGACUCAACAUCGGAGACCAGAUCAUGACCAUAAACGGGACCAGUCUGGUGGGUUUACCGCUCAGCACCUGCCAGAGCAUCAUCAAGGGUCUCAAGUCUCAGUCCAGGAUCAAGAUGAACAUUGUCAGGUGUCCUCCUGUCACCAUGGUUCUCAUCCGCAGGCCGGACCUCAGAUACCAGCUGGGCUUUAGCGUCCAGAACGGCAUUAUCUGCAGCCUGAUGAGGGGAGGCAUCGCUGAGAGAGGAGGCGUCCGCGUCGGUCACCGCAUCAUCGAGAUCAACAGCCAAAGUGUUGUGGCGACGCCUCACGAGAAGAUCGUUCAGAUUCUGUCCAACGCCAUAGGAGAGAUCCACAUGAAGACGAUGCCUGCAGCCAUGUACCGUCUGCUGACAGCACAGGAGCAACCCGUCUACAUCUGAACACACACUUCUCACUCUCUUUUUACCACAUCACUCAGUCUCUUUACUACUGUCCAUCCAUCUCAGUUGUUUUAAAUACCUUCUCCUCUCUUUGUCCCGUUUGAUAUCACUUGACUUGCCUUAAUCUGUACAGUACACUGUCAUGUAAACAUGUACAUCUACAGUAUGACAGCAGAAGACAGAUUAUCUCACGAGGCCGAGUGUUAAUGUGAUGUGUUAUGUUGGACCAAAGAGAUAGUGGGUUUUAUUGUGUGCAUAUUUAGGUGGCAAAUAGCUGUAAUAUCUGAAUGUACUUUAAUCAUGUUGGACCUAUAAAUUGUCAGGGCGACCCAGAUGAUAAAUAACUUUUAAAUUGAAGUGGUGAAGUUAAAGGAGGAUGCAUGUACAAUUCUGCUGAAUAAACUAAAGAAAAGGCA